AUGACGACCAAAAAGCGACGAGCGCAGCAGCAGUGGCAAGAGCCAAGGAACGAAGGAGUGAAGGUCAUUGGAUUCCAGGUUCGAUCAGCCACAAGCGCAGCGGGCACAGGAUCUACCAAUCAUCUGCUGCAGUACGCGACCCACACGUGCUGGAGGAGUUAUGUGAACCCCAAGGAAACACUCGUGCUGGCGCUAGAGACGAAGACGCUCCUGUCGGAAAUACGAAUACUGAAUAAGAAUGCGUGCGCUGUCAGCGUGAGUGUGGCGGUGGAAAACCGACCGAGAUCUUAUAUUCAUGUGAAGCGACUGGAAAACUUAGCGCACAACCGGGAGGUGAGCGUGAAACUGCCGUUCUUUCCCUGCAACUUUGUUCGAAUUCGACCCCUCGGCGUUCCCAGCGAUGACAUUGAGGCCGAGUGCGGGCUCUCUCUCUGCACAGUGCUGAGCCAUACAACCGAGAACCUAUUGUUUGGGUCCUCUUUACGCGCCAGUCAGCCUUUCAUGGACUGCCUGAAUGACAAUCUCUCCGGCUCCCCCGAGUGGAUGGCAAAGCAACGCGGAUAUCUGCUUGACGAAAGAAUUGCGCGCUUAGAAGCUGCAUUGUUCAGCUGA